GCGCCUGUGACUAAAACCAAACCCCAAUCGUCACACACUUUCUCUACUUUUUCCAACAGAAGAUAAUAAAAGAGAGAAGACAGCACACACACCAAAAUAACUUCACCCUUUUGAUUUUGUUGUCAGAAGAGAAGACCUUAAGCAAACUCAAUUCCAAAAAAAAACUCUUAAAAGUUUUUAAUAAGAGAGACAAGAGAGAUCUCCCACCGUUCAACUUCAACAGUACUUUUUCUCUGGUGCGUGACUUUUGUUGUUGUUGUUGUUGUUGUUGUGGUACUAACACAACAACUCUCUCUGCAACACAACACAUGCUCUCUCUUCUCUUCUCUUCUCUUCUCUCAACUCACUCAUUCAUCGAUCACCAACUUCUCUUCCUCUCUUCUUCUUUAAAAGUUUAAAAUCUUUCCUGAAUCUUCGAAUCUCCCAAGAAAGCAACAUAAACAUGACUUGUAUACUCAGCUGUUCUCAUGGCGUAGUGAUCGCAACCGCCAUGGUUUUCUCAAGCACUGCUCUGUUUCUUGCUAUCUCCCGCCAAUUCUCUGGUACUCAGACAUCCUCAGAUCAACGGAUCCUCCCUCCAUGUCUUUCUUCAGAGGAAAAGAAAAAACAGAGGAAGAAGAAGAAAGUGAAAUUCGCAGAGAAUGUGAAAGAGCCGAGAGGUAACGGUGAAGAGUAUCGUAAGAAGAGGGAACAUCUGAGGAGAAUUGUACCGGAGCAGAUGAUUAAACCGGAGAAAACCGGUUCGGUUUGUAGAAACGACAUGCCUGCUAAUCGGAUUGCUCUCUACAAUGGGAUUCUUAGAGACAGAGAUCAUCGUGUUCAGUGCUCCUAUUGACUUUUUUGUUACCCCCAAAAAUGCAGAAAAUAAAAAGAAAGCAAAAAGAAAAAAGUGAUUAUAAUUUAAGUUGUGGAGAUAUAUAUCUCAUUAGGGUAAUUAACUAUUGUAGAUCAUUAUUAGCUUUUCGGAUGAUUCGAUUUCUCUGUAUAUAAUUUUUCUAGUUGGGGAAAUCAGCCAAUGUGAUGAUUUAGAUGAUUGACAUA